CCCGGCUGCGGUGCCCGGGGCGGCGGGGGCGCUGCGGGCCGGCUCACCCCGCCUGCCCUCCAGGAUGAGCCCGGAGUAUUCUCUGCGCUCCUUGCUGCUCAUCAUCCUCGCCACCUUCUCGGCCAACGCCAGCAACUGGCUGUACCUGGCAAAGCUGUCUUCAGUGGGGAGCAUCUCCGAGGAGGAGACCUGUGAGAAGCUGAAGGGCCUGAUCCAGAGGCAGGUGCAGAUGUGCAAGAGGAACCUGGAGGUGAUGGACUCGGUGCGGCGCGGGGCGCAGCUGGCCAUCGAGGAGUGCCAGUACCAGUUCCGCAACCGCCGCUGGAACUGCUCCACGCUCGACACCCUGCCUGUCUUUGGCAAGGUGGUGACACAAGGGACGCGGGAGGCAGCGUUUGUCUACGCCAUCUCCUCGGCGGGCGUGGCCUUCGCCGUGACCCGCGCCUGCAGCAGCGGCGAGCUGGACAAGUGCGGCUGCGACCGCACCGUGCAGGGGGGCAGCGCCCAGGGCUUCCAGUGGUCGGGCUGCUCGGACAACAUCGCCUACGGCGUGGCCUUCUCGCAGUCCUUCGUCGACAUCCGGGAGAGGAGCAAAGGGGCCUCUUCCAACAGAGCCUUAAUGAACCUCCACAACAACGAGGCAGGGAGGAAGGCCAUCCUGAACAACAUGCGUGUGGAGUGCAAGUGCCACGGCGUGUCGGGCUCGUGCGAGUUCAAGACGUGCUGGAAGGCCAUGCCCCCCUUCCGCAAAGUGGGCAACGUCCUCAAGGAGAAAUUCGACGGCGCCACCGAGGUGGAACAGAGCGAGAUCGGAUCCACCAAAGUGCUGGUGCCCAAAAACUCCCAGUUCAAGCCACACACAGACGAGGACCUCGUCUACCUGGACUCCAGCCCCGACUUCUGCGAGCACGACCUGAAGAACGGGGUGCUGGGCACCAGCGGGCGGCAGUGCAACAAGACCUCCAAGGCCAUCGACGGCUGCGAGCUGAUGUGCUGCGGCCGCGGCUUUCACACGGACCAGGUGGAGGUUGUGGAGAGGUGCAGCUGCAAAUUCCACUGGUGCUGCUCUGUCAAGUGCAAACCCUGCCACCGGCUGCUGGAGAUCCACACCUGCCGGUGAUGCAGCCACUCUUUCACUGACCCUGCUUCUCCCUUGCCCCACAGCCAGGACUGAGGAAGUGACCCAGAUGCUGAAGGGAGAGCACAGCUCUUUACAGAGACAGAAC